AUGGUUCGAGUAGGUGUAAUUGGAGCUGGAGCAGUCGGUUUGUCUUCGGCUGUUAAUAUUCAGAAGCUGAUACCACAUGCAAAAGUGACAAUUAUUGCAGAUAAAUUUGGCAAGGAUACAACCAGUAAUGGAGCUGGGGGUAUUUUCCGACCAUACCUGUCUCACUUCUCAGGUUUAGACGAAGGAAUAGUGAGACAAUGGAUAACUGAUUCAUGGACAUAUUUUAAAAACCUGGCAAUAUCUGCAGACGCUCAAGAAAGUGGACAGACCCUGGUAUCGGGAAUUGUUUUUUAUAACACUCCUCAGGAUCGGGACUAUGAACUCAUGGCAAAACUGACAUACGAUUUCCGUGAGCUUCCAUCAGAGCAACUCCAGAAGCUAAAUAUAAACUACAAGUAUGGAUACACAUUUACAACAGUGGUAACACAGACACCGAAAUAUUUGGUUUGGCUGAUGAAGAAGUUUCAAGAAAAUGGAGGUACAACACAGCAUAAGACUGUGAAGAGCCUGUCAGAGCUGUACGGGGAAUUUGACCUGGUCAUUAACUGCAGCGGUCUGGGUUCUAGAGAGCUUGUUAAUGACUCUUCUGUGUAUCCUGUGAGAGGACAGUUGGUGUCGGUCUAUGCUCCGUGGGUCAAGAACUUUUAUCUGACAGAAGAUGAUGUCUAUCUCAUACCUCA